AUGUCUGGUAACUUCCUGGACCCCAAGGCCAUGCUGGACCCCCGCCAGCGGUCUCUCAGCGAAGCCGGCACUGUCUCUUCAGUUGGCGACAACUCAACCGUCGUGCCCAGUCUCAACCAACAAUCUCCGGAUGAAAAGGGCAUCAAGUUUCCUCCUGUUCCUGUUCCUGUCUCCAACAAUGCUCCCUUCUCUCACACUCCCGAUGACCUCAACGAGCUCCUCAACCCCAAAUCUCUCGACAAACUCAGAAGUUUUGGUGGUCUGCAGGGUCUGGCGCAAAGUCUCAAUGUGGAUGUAAACGCCGGUCUCAGCGUGGAUGAACUUCAAACACAAAACGCUUCAUCCAAUGAGAGAAUCCGUAUCUACGGUCGCAACCAGCUCCCUGCCAAGAAGCCAAAGUCAAUCUGGCGAUUAGCUUGGAUCACCUUCCAGGAAGCGGUUUUGGUCCUCUUGACGGUGGCUGGUACCAUCUCCCUUGCCCUUGGUCUCUACGAGACAUUCGGAACGACCCAUGCGCCUGACGACCCUACACCUGUUGAUUGGGUUGAGGGUGUCGCCAUUCUCGCUGCCGUUGCCAUCGUCGUUGUUGUUGCCUCUCAUAACGAUUGGCAGAAAGAAAAGGCCUUUGUCAAGCUCAACACCAAGAAGGAUGAUCGUGAGGUCAAGGUUCUUCGAUCUGGCAAGUCAAUGCUCAUCAAUGUCGCUGAUAUCGUUGUUGGCGAUGUCAUUUACCUCGAGCCUGGUGACUUGAUCCCUGUCGACGGUAUCUUCAUCGAUGGACACAACGUCAAGUGCGACGAGUCUACCGCUACUGGCGAGUCAGACGCUUUGAAGAAGACUCCUGGUGCAAAAGCAUUCACACCCGACCCCAACAGUACUAAGGAGGCUGAUCCAUUCAUCAUCUCCGGUGCAAAGGUCCUUGAAGGUAUGGGCACAUUCAUGUGUACUUCAGUCGGUGUCAACAGCAGUUUUGGUAAGAUCAUGAUGUCUGUCCGCACAGACAUCGAGUCUACUCCCCUUCAGAAGAAGCUUGAGAAGCUGGCUGUCGCCAUUGCCCAGCUCGGUGGUGGUGCUUCAGUUCUCAUGUUCUUCAUCCUUCUUUUCCGCUUCUGCGCCAAUCUUCCUGGCGAUGAUCGACCCGCUGAGGAGAAGGCCUCGACAUUUGUCGACCUCCUUGUCGUUGCCAUUGCUAUCAUUGCUGUCGCCGUUCCUGAGGGUCUUCCACUUGCUGUCACACUUGCACUUGCUUUCGCUACCACUCGUCUUCUCAAGGAGAACAACUUGGUCCGAGUCCUCCGAGCUUGUGAGACUAUGGGUAACGCUACUUGUAUUUGUUCUGACAAAACAGGAACUCUGACGACGAACAAAAUGACGGUCACAGCUGGUCGCUUCGGUUCCUCCACAUUUACCUCCGACAUUCCCUCAUGGGCAUCUAGCCUUCCCGCCGACAGCAAGAAGCUCAUCACCCAAUCCGUCGCCAUAAACUCCACCGCCUUCGAAGGCGAGGAAGAAGGUGUCGCCACCUUUAUCGGUUCCAAGACCGAAACCGCUCUGCUCCAACUCGCCAAGGACCAUCUCGGUAUGCAGUCUCUUGCCGAAGCACGCGCCAACGAAACUAUUGUUGUUAUCGAACCCUUCGACUCAGCCAGGAAGUACAUGACUGCUGUGAUUAAGACACCUACUGGUUGCCGACUUCUCAUCAAGGGUGCUUCUGAGAUUGUGCUUGGAUACUGCAAGACUCAAUUCGACCCUUCCAACGGCAACGUCGAUGCUUUGGAUCGUAAGGCUGCUGAGAAUGCUAUCAAUGCUUUCGCCGAAAAGUCCCUUCGCACAAUCGGCAUGGCCUACAAGGACUUUGCUGAGACUCCCGACCUCGAGAACCUCAGUGAUUUGACUCUUCUCGGCAUCGUCGGUAUUCAAGACCCUGUCCGUCCUGGUGUCCCCGAAGCUGUUCAGAACGCCCGCCGCGCUGGAGUUGUCACCCGAAUGGUCACUGGCGACAACAUCGUCACCGCUCGUGCUAUCGCUACUGAAUGUGGUAUCUUCACUGACGGUAUUGUCAUGGAGGGUCCCGAGUUCCGCAAGCUCUCCGAAGAAGAACUCGACCGUGUCAUCCCUCGCCUUCAAGUCCUGGCCCGUUCAUCACCCGACGACAAGCGCAUCUUGGUUACUCGCCUCAAGGUUCUCGGCGAGACAGUCGCUGUGACUGGUGAUGGCACAAACGAUGCACCUGCGCUCAAGGCAGCUGACAUCGGCUUUUCUAUGGGUAUCUCCGGCACUGAAGUUGCCAAGGAGGCUUCUGAGAUUAUCCUCAUGGACGACAACUUUGCUUCGAUUAUCACUGCUUUGAAGUGGGGACGUGCUGUCAACGAUGCUGUGCAGAAGUUCCUCCAGUUUCAGAUUACUGUCAACAUCACCGCAGUUAUCCUUUCCUUUGUUACAUCCAUGUACAACCCGGACAUGGAGCCUGUGCUCAAGGCUGUGCAGCUUCUAUGGAUCAACCUGAUCAUGGACACUAUGGCUGCCCUUGCCCUCGCCACCGAUCCUCCUACUGAUGACAUCCUCGACCGACCUCCACAGCCCAAGUCCGCGCCGCUCAUCACCAUGAACAUGUGGAAGAUGAUCAUCGGCCAAUCAAUCUUUCAGCUGGUUGUCGUUCUCGUUCUCUACUUUGCCGGCGGCGCCAUCCUCAACUACGACACGAGCCUCGAGGCUGAGAAGCUCCAACUAGACACCAUCAUCUUCAAUGUCUUCGUCUGGAUGCAGAUCUUCAACGAACUCAACUGCCGACGCCUCGACAACAAGUUCAACGUCUUUGUUGGUAUUCACCGCAACCUGUUCUUCGUCUUCAUCAACUGCAUCAUGAUCGGACUCCAGAUCGCCAUCGUCUUUGUUGGUAACCGCGUUUUUGACAUCGAUCCCAACGGUCUUGAUGGUGUGCAGUGGGCCAUCUCCAUCAUUAUCGCUGCCUUCAGUCUGCCUUGGGGCGUACUGGUCAGGAUUUUCCCCGAUGAGUGGUUCGCCAAGAUUGUUUACUUUGUUGCGCCACCAUUUGUUGCUUCAUAUGGCUGGAUGGUCAAUGUUUGGGACAAGUUCGCCAGACUGUUCAAGAAGUCUAAGAAGGAAGAUAGUGAGAAUGAUGGAUCUUCUAUGGAAGGCGGCAAGGAGAAGUCUACUACAUCGGGCCCAAUGAUUGUUGAGCCUCACAGGGGUUAA